AUUCGCCCUAUUUACUUUUCUCCCCUACGUACAUACGCGCUCUAUAUGUGUGCGUAUGUGUGCGCAGCUGCUUUAUUUCUUCUUUUCCUUGUCCUGUCCUAUGUCUGUCUGCUAUUCAUCGUCAUCGUCAUCGUCAUACAACACUUAUCUUAAAGAGACAGAAUAAAUGUGUAAAUCUGUCAAUUAAUUCAUUCAUCCAUUUUUUUUUCUGUUUCUUUUUCUUCAAAGAAAAAACAACGAUCAACAAAUAAUGAUACAAUUACAAAUAAUGAAUCAUCAAAUAACGAUAAUGAUCAUCAAAUACAUUCAAAUACUGUUGAUCAAUCAUCUGUAACCGAUGAAUCAUCAUUUGGCUCCUGUGAACCAGGUACAAGUGUAGUUUUACAAGGUAUUGUUUGGAAUGAAACAGAUAAAGGUAAAUAA